UUUGGAUGUUUGUUGACACUUUGACAGUUGUGAAAUAAAUUUUUGGGAACAAGACGGCCUGUUUUUGUGUUCGCGAAGGGUUCCUUUUUUGAAAACGCGAAAAUAAUGGUGGGCGCAAUGCCUGUAAACUUGAUACCAAAAUUUUGCAACGGUUCCAUGGAAAGCCAUAAUGGCACAGAAGAAAAUGAGUUUAACGUUCAUAUUGGUAGUAGGGUGAAGUGUGGUGAUGAUUUUGGUACUGUGAAGUAUAUUGGCGAAGUGCAGGGCUACAAGGGGGUGUGGUACGGUGUAGAAUGGGAUGACCCUGCUAGGGGCAAGCAUGACGGGUCAGUGGAUGAUGUGCAGUACUUCAAGACUUCAAAGCCUGGUGCAGGAUCUUUCGUGCGUCCGAACAAGAUAUCUCCAUUCAAAACCUGUGCUGAAGCUAUUCGCAAAUAUUAUGGAGAUAGGGAGGAUGAAACUGUAGCGGCCCACCGCAGAACAGUGAUCAAUGAGUGGAAGAGAGAGAUGGGCGCUCCGUUCAUCGAAAUGGUUGGCUUUGAGAAGAUCCAUCAGAAACAAAAAUUCGACCGCCUCCAAGAAGUGUGCGUCCACGAUCAGAACGUCUCCAGGGCUGGUGACGUUUCCACCCUGAGCCCCAACGUGAGGAGUCUCGACGUGUCUCGCAAUCUUUUUAGCAACUGGCGCGAGGUGAUACAACUCUCAGCACAACUGCCAAACCUUUCUGAACUGGAUGUGAGCAAAAAUCGCAUGUCUAUCGACAUGCCCGAGGAAGCACUAUCACAGCUGUCCAUAAACUUUUCCAACCUGCAAAAACUCAACAUAUCUGUGUGCAAUUACGAAUGGUCAGAUGUAUGCACUCUAUCCCAUAUGUUCCCGAAACUGAACGAGCUGAUAGCGGCCCACAAUCGUAUCAGGAAGAUCACACCGCCGGCUGGAUUGAGAACGUUGACCAUUCUAAGACUGGACGGGAAUCCGAUUGAUACAUUCGAGGAAGUGUUGAAUUUGGGCAAAAUGAGGAAUUUGAAGACUUUGAGUUUGAACGAUUGCGUUAUAAGCGAUAUUAAUUUUGGCAACGACAUUAGUGGCGAAGUGGACGCGUUUGAGAAUCUGGAAGUGUUGUUUUUGAAUAGGAAUCGGAUUGAUAAUUGGCGUUCUAUCAGCGAGCUGAACAAGUUGAAAUCACUAAAGAAACUCUAUUUUCUACGGAAUCCAAUCUUGGACACGGACAGUUACGAUAAUUGUUCCCAACUGAUAAUCGCUAAAAUUGGAACACUACAGGAACUAAAUGGCACAGUAAUAACACGCGAGGAACGCCGCGGGGCGGAGUAUGACUAUAUGAAACAAUAUGGAGCUGAAUGGAAAAUGGCACAAAGCGAUAUUGCAAAGAAGAUUGCAUUCGAUUUGGAGCAUUGUCGGUUUGAUGAACUUAUACAGAAAUACGGCAUCCCAGAAGACAGUCUUCUUGUGAAACAGCCGAAAAUAACAACACUCACUUCGCAACUGUUAGAAAUUACGCUCAAAGACGAGACGGGGAAAUCGUUCAAAAAGAAAUUCCCAUCGACAAUGAUCGUUCAGAAACUAGUGAUUUUGGCGCAAAAAUUCUUCGGCAAAGGAAAAAAUGGAAUCCCGAAAUUAUAUCUCAUCGACGAACAAAUGAAAGGUGCAGAGAUAUGGCUGGACAAUUUGAUGAAGGAGCUCAGUUAUUUCUCUAUAAAAAACGGCGAUACAAUUGUGGUGAAAUUCAGAUAAUUUUGUUUUCGUACACGGCAACACUGGAACGGUUGGCGCGUUUUGCGUUUUCGAAUUGAGCUUUGUAAAUAAUGUUGUCUAAAUUAUUUAUAUUAAAUUGCAAUAUUAUUAUUCUGAAAUUAAAGUCCUAUAUGUAUUUUUA